AUGCCUGGAGACAUAGAUUAUGAGAUUUGUCAAACGGCACUAGAACUUCUGUCCGAUCUUUGCUCAAGAGGGGAAGUGCAGAACGACCACUGCCUGGAUUUCAUUUACUAUUUCCGAGACCUCGCCAGGCCGCGCCACACGGAUUCAGAUGUGUCGGUGAGCCUGCUCUCCCUGGUAGUGACAGCCUGUGGCCUGGCCCUGUUUGGAGUGUCCCUCUUCGUCUCCUGGAAGCUCUGCUGGAUACCAUGGAGGGAGCGCGGUGUCGUGCUCAGGACCAAGGAGUCCCAGGGCCACUACAACCCCACCAUGGCACCUUUGAUCCCGCACAACCUGGCCCCACGGCAGCCCGUGUACACGGCCGUGGACCCGCCGCCCCACGUCCGCCGUGAGUCCCGCGUGACGUUCCCCCCCGCCCGCGAGCCCACCCCGGUGGCGUCGGCGGUGUCGGUGGUGGAGGCCCCGCCCACGCCGGUGUCCCCGCCCCUCGAGGUGUUGCCGACCCCGGAGGUCGCGAUGAAAAUCAGCCACACGUCUCCGGACAUCGCCCUGGACGCCCAGUGUAAGACCCGGGAGAACGGCGUCCACACCAACCCCCGCAUACAGAGGCAGACCACCGAACCGCCCCCCUCUGGGCGAACCAUGGCAGAGAUCGGACAAGGUCCCAUCCGCAGGCACAUGAACCUGUCCAACCCGGACUUCAACGUGGCUCAGUUCCAGAGGCAGGACUCCCUGACCGGGCUGGGUCUGGGGCGGCUCAAACCGGAGCUCUACAAGCAGCGCUCUCUGGAGGGGGAGGAGGGCGGUCGCCGGGGCGGGGGCUGCGGGCGCCUGAACUUCAUCCUGCGGUUCGACUGCGACCUGGAGCAGCUCAUCGUCAAGAUCCACAAGGCGGAGGGUCUGCCGGCCAAGGACUUCUCGGGGACCUCCGACCCCUACGUGAAGAUCUACCUGCUCCCGGACCGCAUGACCAAGCACCAGACCAAGGUGCACCGCAAGACGCUCAACCCGGUGUUCGACGAGGUCUUCCUGUUCCCCGUGGCGUACUCGGAGUUGCCCACGCGCAAGCUCCAUUUCAGCGUCUAUGACUUUGACCGAUUCUCGCGCCACGACAUCAUUGGACAGGUCGUGGUGGACAACUUCCUGGAUCUGGUGGAUUUCCCGCGGGAGACCAGACUCUGCCGAGACAUCCAGUAUGUUUCCACGGAUAACGUGGACUUGGGCGAUUUGAUGUGCUCCCUGUGUUACCUCCCUACCGCGGGCCGACUGACCAUCACCAUGAUAAAGGCUCGCAAUCUCAAAGCGAUGGAUAUCACUGGGGCAUCGGAUCCGUAUGUCAAGGUGUCCCUAAUGUGUGAGGGGCGGCGGCUGAAGAAAAGAAAAACCUCCACCAAGAGGAACACACUGAAUCCCGUCUACAACGAAGCCAUUGUUUUCGACGUUCCCCCUGAAAACAUUGACCAGAUCAGCCUGCUGAUUGCGGUGAUGGACUACGACCGGGUGGGCCACAACGAGGUGAUCGGUGUGUGUCGGGUUGGGAACGACGCAGAGACCCUCGGUCGAGACCACUGGAGUGAAAUGCUCACUUACCCCAGGAAGCCCAUUGCCCACUGGCACCCUCUCGUUGAGUACCAAGGAACCAGUAGCCAGGGGGGUUCCUGUAAUUCCCUGAAGACCCCCCCGUCACCGUAG